AAGCUUUUUCAAUUGCGAACGGACUCUUGAUUAAAGCGGACGUUUCUCUCGAGUGCCGUGCCGGUGUACUCUCGCGGUGCGGAAACCCCAGUGAACGCGGGAAUAUUCCUUUGGCUGAUCAGGAUUAAGUGCUAGCUUGUUUGUUAUCUAAUUGCAGUGCGUUUCAAGUUUAUUUGCCAGUGGCCACGAUCCGUUUGGUGGAGUAUUCGGAAUUCGUUCCACUGCAGAUGCUGUAAGCUACACUAGAACGCACUCACACAGAGGCAAAACAACUGUUACGCCUACGCUUACGCAGCAGCAGCAACAACAAUAACAGAGAGGAAUUAGCAGCGGGCAGCAACAAUUUUCCACCCAAAAGGGGAAAUAACUGUUUCAAUAAGGGACCAUUCGAAUUAAGUAGCUUCCUAAAAUGGCUUGCACCUGCGAAGUAAUUGGCCUGGCCUGCGUGGUGGCUUUGAUACUGAGCGCUGCGGCGAAGGCUCCCUAUCAGAUGCGGAUGACCUUUAUAUUCUUUGGAGCUGGUGCCAUAGUCCUGAUCUGCGUGCCCUUUAUGAUCCUGCGGCCCAGGGACUACCGCAAUGCGCUCUUUCCAGCUUGGUGCUUCCGACAAUUUUGCCGUCUGAUGGGCAUCACGAUGGAGGUUCGCGGCCUGGAGAACGUGCGCAAGGACCACGGUGCCGUGGUGAUCAUGAAUCACCAGAGCGCGGUGGACCUGUGUGUGCUGGCCUACCUGUGGCCGGUGAUCGGCAGGCCAACAGUGGUGUCAAAGAAGGAGGUGCUCUACCUUCCCUUCUUCGGCAUCGGAGCCUGGCUCUGGGGCACCCUGUUCAUCAAUCGUUCCCGCAAAACGGACUCGAUCAACUCCCUGCAGAAGGAGGCCAAGGCGAUACAGGAGCGGAAGUGCAAGCUGUUGCUCUUCCCGGAGGGCACUCGCAACUCCAAGGACUCGCUGCUGCCCUUCAAGAAGGGUUCGUUCCACAUCGCCCUGCAGAGCAAGAGUCCCGUCCAGCCGGUGGUCAUAUCGAAGUAUUCGUUCAUGGACGACGAGAAGAAGACCUUCCGCCCCGGCCACGUCCUGAUCCACAUCCUGCCAGAGGUGUCGACCGAGAAGUACGCCAAGGAGGAUGUGCAGCCGCUGAUCGACGAGUGCCAGGCCAUCAUGCAGACGGAGUACACGAAGCUGAGUAAAGAAGGACUGGCCCUGAGCUCCAAGAAGCAGGCUUAGGUGUGGGAUGGGCCCUGAGUCAACUCAGGUUACAUGAAAAUAAGACCCAGAUGUACACUAGUUCCUGCUUGGGGAUUUAAUUUAUAUUUAAUCUACAAGAUUUGUCUAAGCGUGAAUAAGAGGAAUCGAAAUGUAAGGGACGUGGAACCAUUGGCCUAUUAUUAAGCUACACUUCAUCGUUAUGCGAGUGUGUUUUUGAUUAAUUUUAACUGUUUUACCUCCAGCACAUGCAUGUGUGCUUGCCUAGAGCUUUUUCUGAUCAAAAAUCAACAAAAGAUAUUUUUACAAAAGAAGAAAGCACCUUUGUUGGAUGUUUAUGUGUACAGCAUAUUGAUUUAUAUGAGAAUAAUGAAAUGAGACUAACGUUUCGCACUGAAAAAUAAAAGAUUUGAAAAUAAAAAUGA